UGUCUUUACGGUUGCCAUACCCAAACAACAUGGCAGCAGCAGAGCAGCGUACCGGUCCCGGUCGUGAGGAGGUUUUGAUGGAAAACCAGGAGGGUUCAGCGGCGGGGAAAGACAGCGGGACACCGGGGGCUGCUCCCCGGGACAAACCCGUGUGUCUGAUCGUGCUGGGGAUGGCGGGGUCCGGGAAAACCACCUUCGUUCAGAGGCUGACGGCUCACCUUCACACUCUGAAAGCUCCUCCAUACGUCAUCAACCUGGACCCUGCCGUCCACGAAGUCCCCUUCCCUGCAAACAUUGACAUCAGGGACACUGUGAACUACAAGGAAGUGAUGAAGCAGUACGGUCUCGGACCGAACGGCGGCAUCGUGACGUCACUCAACCUGUUCGCCACACGCUUCGAUCAGGUGAUGCAGUUCAUAGAGAAGAAGCAGCAGAAUCACAGGUACGUGCUGAUUGACACCCCAGGUCAGAUUGAGGUCUUCACCUGGUCAGCGUCUGGAACCAUUAUCACAGAGGCUCUGGCCUCCUCCUUCCCCUGUGUCGUGAUUUAUGUGAUGGACACGUCCCGCAGCGUCAGCCCCGUCACGUUCAUGUCCAACAUGCUCUACGCCUGCAGUAUUCUCUAUAAGACCAAGCUGCCCUUCAUCGUCGUCAUGAACAAGACCGACAUCAUCGACCACAGCUUCGCAGUGGAGUGGAUGAAGGACUUUGAGGUUUUCCAGGACGCCCUGAACCAGGAAACCUCGUAUGUGAGCAACCUGACGCGCUCGAUGAGUCUAGUCCUGGACGAGUUCUACACCAGCCUGAGGGUGGUGGGCGUGUCCGCAGUCACAGGAAGCGGAUUGGACGAGCUCUUCGUUCAGGUGGAGGAUGCAGCCAAGGAGUAUGAGAGAGACUAUCGACCCGAGUAUGAACGACUCCGCAAACAGCUGGCGGAGGCUCAGAGCAAGAAGCAGCAGGAGCAGAUAGAGCGUCUCAGGAAGGACCUCGGAGCUGUGGACAUGACAAAAACACCUGCGACAGAGGACGUUGACAUCGCCGGACCCAGUGACCUCAUCAUGACACGUGGUAACCCUGACGACUGCGAGGAAGAGGGGGAGGAAAGUGACACGGACGACAUCGACCACGGCGUCACGGAGGAAAGCAAAGAGAGCGACGCCUUCGGAAACUUCCUGAAGGAGAGGAAGGAAGUCGUUCAGGUCCGAAACAGGAAGUUUGCGCCGCCUGAGGGACCCUGACCUCUGACCUCUACAACUUGACAUCUGACUCUGCCAGGAUACGAGGACCGUGACAGGAGGCAGGUGAGGGAACAGAUUCCCUCUCUGGGGUACGGACUAUUACCUGGAACAGAUGCUGUGGACGUGAAGCAGAUUCUUCAAUCACUGGUGUUUUAUCUUCAGAAUAUCUGACCUGCACUUCCUGUCUGAUCAUGUGACCUCUGACCCCGUGCUUGGCUGCUCCUCCGUGUCGCUUCUUCCUUUAAAAGUUAUAUUUUUAUAUCAGAACAGACUCUAUUCUAUUCUUGUUGACUUUUGUUUGUAAAAGCUCUGAAAGGAUCAAAUAAAAGUGAGUGUUUCAUUCAA